GGAUGAGUCAUUUGAUUCAGACAGAGGAAUGGUUGCUUCAAAUAAAAACAGCAAAGCCGCGGUAUGAAGAGCCAUAACUUCUCUGUGUGUUAGUGCCAAAGAAAAUCAGGACAUUUUUCUGCAGAACAAUGAUGUGCGGAGAGACUGGCAGAAAAGAAGGAAAAGAAGGAAAAAAUGUCUUGUUAAAAGUUGGGUGUCAAUAAAUUUGUGUCCAAAAUAAUGCAAAGAAAAUGUAUUUAAUGUAUGUAAUGUUGUAAGGCAAGUAGGUUUUUUUAAAGCAAAAUUUUUAAGGGCAUUUAUCAUUGUUAGAUUUUCUUUCUAUAUAACUGUCUUUGUUCCUUUGAUAUAGGUUCCCAAUAAUUCUGGAGUUAUAAAGUGUAUAUAUUUGUAUAGUAUAGAGAUCUAUUGACUAAUUUCUAUGUGUGUACAUGUCAUGUACAUGUUGCAGACUAUGAACUCUGAUUGUAACAAUGUGUUUAUACAUAGAAAAAUAAUUGUUACAAGAAAGUUUCAUCUUAAGAACGCACAAGUGAUGUCUGUAAUAAAUGUUCCCUCCCAUCAGUUAUGUCAGAAGAGGGGUGUAUGUUGGUUGCCGCCUCCUUUAUCUCUUUCACUUUAAACUAGUCUGACUGGAACAGUUCAGAGUCAUACCUCAAAUGUACAGGGAUUUGUUUUGUUUUUAAUUUCCAUCAUGUUUGCUGGUUGGAAAGAACUGCUUGAUGACACAGAACCUAUGGACACUUCAGAUUCUUCUUGGUGGUGGUUCUAUCAGGCAGAGUGUGGCAUUUGGCACAGAAUUGAGGACGAUCCAGUGAAUCCCAUCAGCAGCUCAGAACUGGAAAUGCUUUACUUGCGAAACCCAAACAGAAUUAUUAUUUUCAGCACAGCAGGAAGCAACUUCAGAAUUGAUUUUCAUGGGUAUAUGAAGACCAACGUAAAGACAGGACAGGUGCAAAAAAUAAAGCGCUCUCUGUUCACUGAGCGUGCUGCCAGAUGCAAAUGUGCAGACCUGGCUCCGUCUGUUCCUACUUACUGGGAGCACAUGGACCCGAAUCUUCCUUUUAAGGCUUUUAAUUUAAACUGGCAAACAAGUGAGUAUAACAAAGUGGAGAACUAUGUGAAAGAAUUUGGUCUACUGAAAAAACCUCUCAGAUGUAUCUACAGAAUACAGAACAUUGACCUCUGGGAGCUGUACUGUAGAAAAAAAAAACAGCUAAUGAGGAUAAAAGGCACAUCAGACAUUAACGAAGAAUGGCUCUUCCAUGGCACAGGCAAAAACAAUGUGCAUAAUAUUUGCCUGUACAACUUUAACUGCAGAAUAUCUAAAAAGUUGAGAAAACAUGGUCACAUCUUAGGCAAAGGUACAUACUUUGCCAAACAUGCAGCCUACGCAGACAAGUACAGCACGGCUCAAAACCAGUACAACACCACACAAAUAAUGUUCCUUGCACGCGUGAUUGUUGGGAAUUACACCGAAGGACGACCUGAUCUGGUCAAACCUGAUGGUGACCAAAUUGAAAAUAUACAUGAUAGCUGUGUUGAUAAUACACUACAUCCUAGGAUUUUUGUUGUCUUUAAUUCUAACCAAAUAUAUCCUGAGUAUGUGCUGGAGUAUGGUGAAUGAAUGGGUGAAAAAAUGUUCGUGGAAAACCGAGACAUAGUACUGGUUGGUUAAUUUUGGGAUAUAGAAGGUAGGGACAAAAUUUGGUUUCAUAAAGAAGCAAGUUUAAUAGUCUAGAUAAAUAUGAAUCAUGUAUUUCCUGUAGUGCAUAGCUCAUCAACUUUCUUUUACAAAGAUUGGUAUAAGCAGACUGAAUAGAACAUCGGUUACCUUAAAUAAGCCUCAUUUAACUUUUAAUGCUUAUGAUUAGUGGGUAAGACCUUGAAAUAAGAGGAAGAUAUUGCAUGCAUUUCUGUCCAUUCAUCUUUUUAAUCAAAACUUCCCUUUCUGACUGCUCUA